UCCAGCAGGUGGCGCCAGCGUGCCCGCGGGGUGAAUGUCAGCCGCAACGAAGCCGAACCGAAAGUCGGCGUCAUUUCCUGGAUGCUGUUCGAAUAGCAACGGUAAAACUCGAAGCUCUGAACAUCAUAUAAAUCUGCGAGUGGUCUCUGCUGCUUUUCCCGCGCGCACAAUGGAGAAAAAGGGCUCUGAGAAAAACCGCCAUGUGGUACCCUGGCUUACCAAAGCGGAGAUGGACCAGGUUCGGGACUACCUUUACUCGAUGGACUCCUCUCUGCAGGGGGUUGCGUUAGACAGGAUAUCGGCUUGGAGGACCAGGUGCACUGAUAGUUUCCCCGUGGCCAUGGACUGCACAGCGGACCUCGUGCGCUGCCAGAUGCGGGACCUGUCCGGACAGCUUACCGGAGAUGACUUGAUUAUGAUGUACGGGACGGCCCUGGUAAGAUUUGUUAAUCUUAUCACGGAGCGCCAGCUGAAGCCACUGGCUGGAAAGAUUGAGCUUAGCAUCCCCGAGUGGAUGGUGGAUCUGAGGAACGAAAUCAUGCAUGGGAAGCUUCCUUCUUUGAAAUGGUGCCAAAGGGGAUGUAAGGUGGCCCUGGAGUGGCUCCAGCAGGAGUUUUGGUCCAGACAGCUGGGAGGAGCCCCCGAUGAGCGCUGUGACUUGCAGUCGCAUGGCGAGGAUGAGGACGUCAAGCGCCAGGAGGAUGAGCUCGUUGCCAGGCAGAAAGAAGUGGACGUCUGCAGAAAAGCUCGGGAGCUGCUGAUCUCUUAUGAGAAGGACCAGCACCAGCUCAUCCUGGAUGACAUGGAGCACCCCACCCCUCAGGAAACCAGGGAGAAGCUGGUCCAGCCCUGCUCCAUCUACACACAGACAGAGUGCUCCGAGGCCAGCACACCUCUGCAGCAGCAGCAGCAGCAGCCCAUAUAUACUGUGGAGAUGCCGCUGGACGAGAUGCAACACUCCCAGCAGGACGCCCGUCCCUUGCAUUCCUUACCGAUGGACUCGGAGACAAGUGAGGAGCGCAAAUGGGCAGACCUGCUGGCUGAAAGAGCACUUGCCCUCAGAGGUUCUCCGUGGCAGGUGUGCACUGAUAAUGUCUCAUGGAAGAACUAUCCCAUUGGUAAAGUUCCUGGACAGUCAGACGACCCGUCGUGCCUCAUGGUGGACAAUUAUACGAUAAUGACUGUGUCUGACCAGCCAGUGGAGCUGGAGAGCAGCGCGACACGUAGCAGCAUCCCCGGGGCCUCGGCUCCAGUCCGGCCAGCUGAGGGCCACCGCUAGAGCAACAGCGACCUCAACAGACUGAAAUGUGGACUGAAGCUGUUUUAAGUCUCAUUCCAGUCUUCGCUGACUCUUGUGUUUGUUUGCAGUUUGGAAGCAAAAUUACAAUGUUCAGAAGACAAAAUGUUCUGAUUUGACAAAAUGUUCCUUUAAUUCCAAAAAUGUUCCUUUAAUUCCAAAAAUGUUCUGAUUUCUGUUUUCAAAUAAACCAUGCUCUUUGCAA